AUGUCCGAUAUAGCACCGCCAGUUAUACCGAAUCAUAUACCAUUCGAUCAAACCUAUGUUCUUUACGACCCCAAUGAUGUAAUAUCCAUCAUAUCAGUUCAAUUUACAUUACUUCCGGUAUACAUCAUGGUGUUUUACCUACUGUGGUUCCUAGUCACGAGAGAAAUCGAGCCUGUUAUCGUUGUAGCUGGACACUUGUGUUCGGAAAUUGUCAAUAAGAUUUUGAAAAUUUUACUCAAGAACCCAAGACCUGAUUUCCACCGUGAAUUUGGUAGUGGUGGCAGUCUUAGUUAUGGGAUGCCAAGUGCUCAUUCUCAAUUUAUUGGAUUUUUCGCUGCUUAUUAUGUAUGUGUAAUUGUAUUUAAAGUUGGUCAUUUAAAGAAGUGGCAAAGGGUAACAUGGUUAGCGGUUUUGACUUUUGUUGGAUUAUGUGUUGCUGGAUCACGAGUUUAUUUGAUGUAUCAUACUUGGCAACAAGUUGUUGUUGGAGUCACUGUUGGUAUUGUGUUUGGGAUUUUCUACUUUAUAUUCAGCUCAUUGGUGAGAGAUAUGGGAAUUGUUGAUUGGGCGUUGAACUGGCCGUUGAUCAAGUACUUCAAUGUCAAAGACUCUUAUCAUCAUUGCUAUCAAACAUUUAAAGAUGAGUUUGAUACUUACUUGCAACAAAGGCAUAGAAUCAAAAAGUUAAAAAAGAAUAUAUGA